CCUUUCUUUUACGCAGACAGACGCCGGUUUUCGAAGCACGUACCAACACGCAGCGGAGCCAACUCGUCGUUCCACCGAACAACUCUCUCACUACUGUACCCUGCCCGUUCCCCGUUCGCAUCUCGCCCAUUGUUCAUCGUACGCGAGCAAACCUCGUACGUUUCCUUCAAAAUUCCCGUCGUGUCCAUCUCUUACCGCGCACGGAAACUCAACGAAAUGGAACAACACCGGGCAAGACUCACCACGUUCAUGCUGCUGGCACUCGUCACGUUCGCGCGCUGCGACCCGGACGGACAGUCAACGGCCGUCAACACCGAGACCUCGCCGACGGCCCCGACAAACGCUACGGCCGUUCCCGUGUCCGUCCCGAUGAACGCAGCCGCAUCGAUAAAGCCUGUACAAAUUGAAAUAUACUAUGAAGCACUAUGUUCAGACAGUGUCAAUUUUGUUAAAGACCAGUUAAUUCCCGUUUACAGAAAAUUUAACAAAUUUAUUGAUGUUACAUUCAAUCCUUUUAGUCAAGGAACUAUAAAGGAUAAUACUAUACAAUGUCGUCGUGAUAGAGAAUGUGAUGCUGAUAGUAUACAUGCAUGUGCUAUUUCAAAAAUUAGUGACAAAGAUAAACUAGUUGAGUUUUUGAACUGUGCCUUGUCCGAGGGUUUUCAGAAUAAAACUGUACCAAUUGAAAAGUGUGUUAAGGAUAAUAAAAUUGAAGAAAAUAUCAUAUCUUUGAUCUCUAAAUGUGCAACAGAUACAAAUGAGACUUAUCCAUUAUUGGUUAAUUAUAGAAAUUUGGCUACUGCUGCAAACGUAACAACUGUACCCAAAAUCAUUAUCAACAAGAAUUAUUCUGAAUUGUCUUUAACAAAUUUAAAGAAAGCUGUAUGUGAUAAGAUUCCAAGCAAAGAUUCACUGCCUGAAUGCAAGGACAUUGUAAGCGGAUCAGAUAGAGUUGUUUUUGGUGUAUUGCCAAUAUUUAUUGGUGUGUACUCUAUCAUAAAAAUGAUCUAAAUUCCAAUUACCAUUAAAAUAUUCAUAAGUUUAUGUUUUAAAUUAACUAUUCAUUCUAUAAUCUAUUAG